UCUAAACAGACGACUCUUCCAGCAGCUGAUGCCGAAGAAACAACAAACAAAGCCCCUUCGGCCAGUCCCUAACAAUCCUAAACCUUUACAUAAAAAUUUAUAUACCGAUUAUUAAAGAAGAAGUGAAGCAAAUCGAAGAUGAUGUCAAGCAAUUAUACUCCCAUUGAUAGUCAAAACGUUACCGGAUCUGUUCCUGCUGCGGCGGAAUCGUCUGGCCACGUCACCGUCAAAUUCGCCGACUCGAAUUUGCAGACAUUUCCACCUAUCGCACCGCAGGGCAAGAUCUCCAGUGGCUCUGGACCUCCCCGCGAUGCUGAUGAUACAUUCUCAAAAACAGCAAGUGGAUCUGAUGAUGACCAGCAAGGGGGCUGGUUUCGGACUUUCUCUAUAGCUGCUUAUAAGCCCUACUUCGAUGUUGAUACUUCUGAUGUGGUAGAAAGGAUCAUAGAUUCACUCUUUCCUUUCCGAGGAAGUUUCAACGAGAAAACUGCUGACCGGCCAGAUUUGUACGGGCCAUUCUGGAUAUGCACUAGUUUAAUAUUCGUAGCAGCUUCCAUUGGCACAUUUGUUACAUACUUGUCACACAAGCUACAGAAAAAGGAAUGGGACUACGAUAUCAAUUUGGUGACUUGGUCUGCUGGCUUGUUCUAUGGCUACGUCACCAUAGUUCCUGUUGGAUUGUAUCUCAUUCUCAAAUACUUCUCUGCCCCAUCUGGCCUUGUCCAGCUGUUUUGUCUCUAUGGCUACUCCCUAUUUGUUUUCAUUCCUGCUCUGUGUCUCUCUGUUAUUCCAUCACAGAUAGUCAGAUGGGUGAUUGCCGGUGUAGCGGGGUUCAUGUCUGCAACCUUUGUUGCACUGAAUCUCAGAAACCACAUAAAGUCUGCUGGUGAGAGAUGGUUCCUGAUUGUGGUCGGGAUAUUCCUGUUGCAGCUGGCUCUUGCCUUGGUGUUGAAGCUUUACCUCUUCACUGUCACAGUAUGAUGAUAUUAUCAAUCGCAAGUCCGCCCACCCAUUUCAUCUUAAACAGAAUUGGAGGUUCAUCAAAAACCUUGCUGAUUCAUUCAAUUUUUGACAAUGUGAAGUCAAGCAUCUAUACAAAGAGGUAUUAGCCCAUGUUACACUUCAUUUAGUUUUUAGGUCUUUGCAAAAUAUUGUAAGGUACUUGAACAGAAUGAGUGCACAACGCAAUUUAAGUACACUAUAUAUCUUUUUUUUC